GAAGAAUUGACUGACGAUGCCGCACUGAUCCAUGUCAGGCGAGUGCUGCUGGACGUGGAUGCCGUUCCCUAUGUCCUGCAGUUGUUUUCUGCGCAAAAUCCUUCGAAACCGGGACACACAGAGUUGUACCGGAGCUAUCCACCGCAACCCGAUAUCCCUCGACCGGACCACCUUCUCCCCAGCGCCGCAGCCGAAGCGAAGAGGGCUCAAGCAGUCGAGGCUCUUCCCGGCAGCGAGUCCACUGAAGGCGAGAGCCCCCGGUGGAAAGGGAAGCCGAAGGAGAGGCGAGAAGGAACAACUCCCCCGGACCAUCCGUGGAGUUGACCGAAACUCUGCCUUUGGUCCCACAGGGUCGUCGGUCCAUCUGCUUGUCCUCCCGACCCCAAGCGCCAAGAAGUACCCAACAACCAUCUAUUGA